AUGCACAUCAAGCGCAACACCACAGGUCUCGGCACCGUCAGCACGAAGACAUACUUCGAAGGCUCCGUAGUACAGGUCGGGGUAUGCCUUACGGUGCUGUCACGCGGCGGCUCCAAAGGCCCUAGCUCGUCGUUGAGUGGUCCACGAAGUCUCUCGACACCAGCCACUUCGGGGUACGCACGCAGUUCUGCUACAUCUGAUCUUGAGCUGGAUAACCGGAGAUCUGGCGAUGCUGGCGUUGGAAAAUAUGGGAUCCACGACUAG